AUGCCCUUCAGGGGAAGGAGAAGCAGGAGCAGCUGUGCUCCUGAGGGAGCCUCCCAGGAGAUGGAGAAGCUGGAUACCAAUACCUCAAAGGAAGAAAGAUUCUGCCAUUUCUCAGAGAACUACAAGCAAAUCUAUCUCUCCCUGACCUACAGUAUUAUCUUUGUUCUAGGGCUGCCCCUGAAUGGCACUGUCUUGUGGCUCUCCUGGCGCCAAAACAAGCCCUGGAGCUGUGCCACCAUCUAUCUGGUGAACCUGAUGGUGGCUGACCUGCUUUAUGUGCUGACACUGCCCUUCCUCAUCAUCACCUACUCCCUGGGUGACAGGUGGCCCUUCGGGGAGCUACUCUGCAAGCUGGUGCGCUUCCUGUUCUAUACCAACCUCUACAGCAGCAUCCUGCUGCUGACCUGCAUUUCUGUGCACCGCUUCCUUGGCGUGUGCCACCCGUUGCGUUCUCUGCCUUACCGGACCCGCCGGCAUGCCCUGCUGGGCACCGCCACCACGUGGGCUCUGGUGGUCCUCCAGCUGCUUCCCACCCUGAUCUUCUCCCAAACAGACUACGUUGACGGCCACAUGGUCUGCUACGACAUGACCAGCCCAGAGAAUUUUCAUCAGUUUUUUGCCUAUGCCAUGGUCCUGAUGUUGUCCGGCUUUGCCUCCCUCCUUGGUCAUCUUGGUGUGCUACUCACUGAUGGUCAGGAGUCUGACCAAGCCAGAGGAGGGCCUCAUGAGGGCAGGCAGCACAGCCCGGGCCAAGUCCAUCCGGACCAUCCUGCUGGUGUGCAGCCUCUUUGCCCUCUGUUUUGUGCCCUUCCACAUCACACGCUCCCUCUACCUGACCCUCCUCUACCUGCCUGCACAGAACUGCCAGCUCCUGAUGGUAGCCAGCCUGGCCUACAAGAUAUGGAGGCCUCUGGUGAGCAUGAGCAGCUGCCUCAACCCAGUCCUGUACUUUUUGUCAAUGGGAACAACAGAGUCAGGCUCUUCCAGGAACUGAGGCAUAACAAGGUGGGUGAGCACCCAGCUGGGACCAGGGAGAGCAACCCAGGGGUGAGCAGAUCUGGACACUGCCAAGAUGAAGUUCAAGUGAAAAGAGCUCCGAGAUGUUGA